AUGAGCAAAUCGUGUCCUGGAUUUCUCGAUCGACAUGGAAUAUGGAAUAACGGUUUUGAUUGUUCAUCAUCACGUGUCUGUUGUGGAACAGAAACGAAUCGUUAUUGUUGCAUCCCAUCAUCGAAAAUAUCUUUAUUCUUCUCGUCAACAACAUCUCUAACUCCCGACCAAUCUUCUGAAGAUCUCGAUUCUUAUACUCUUCACACAUCGGAUAGUUUACUUACAGAAAAAUGGUUCUUUAUUCGCAUGUGUACAGCUGGAAUAUUCUUCGCGAGUGUUCUACUUGCUUGCAUUAUUAUUUAUCUAUGUAUAACAUCCAUGCGUCAUUGCAAACGUCAAAAACGGAUGUCUUUGACUCAACUCCCACCAUCGAUUUUAACUGAACCGAAACGUUCACUAUCGAACCGCAUUUCAACAAUUAGUCACGCGUCGAUUGAUGGUAAAUCUACUUAUACAGAUACUUCAAUCGUCUUACAAACUCCUCUCAACAUAUAUCCAACGAAUCAUAGUCGUAAUUCAACUGCAUCAUCAUCAUUAUCGUCGUAUUACAUGUAUCCAAAUGAAUUAGAAUAUCUCUGUAAAUAA